AUGAUCCAUCAUCAUCGUCAAAUUAUUUAAUAUUAAAACAAUCAGUAAUAGGUAAAUCAUCAUAUUGUAGAGUUGGUGAAGAUGGAAAGAGUGUUAUUGUAAAAGUGUUGGGUAGUACUUUUAAUAUUGCUGGGGCUAAUUAUAUGGUAGUCGUGGAUAAUGGAUUUGUUAAUAACCAGGAAUCUAAUGAACCAAUAGCCGGGAUUAAAAAAGAUAUAUGGAGUUUCAAAACUGAAUCUACUAUCGGGCUGUUAAGAUUGACAGAGGAUGGCACAAAUUAUUUCGGGAGCCUUUCUGACACAGAGAAAUCACUAUUCGUUGCACAAUUGCAAGUUGAUUUUACAACUAUUCUAUCGGUUGAAUCUGACAGAAUUUCUAAUUAUAGUAAAUUUCAACAAGAUCCAAACAUUUUUCAUUCUGGAAAAAAUUUAUUGAUAUUAUCAUUUGAUUUACAUUCCACUCAAAAUUAUUCGCUACUAAAUGUUGAUACAAUUGCUAGUAAUUUAGACACUUUAAUUAAAAAUAAAUGGGUCACUGCAAUUUCUAAUAGUAAAUAUGGAUAUUAUUUAGAUGAUGAGUAUGGAUUUAAAACUGCCGGUAAGUUGAAUCAAUGA